AUGUCUAUGAGAAGAUCCGGGAUACGAACUUGUCACAUACUAAAUCAUUUGGCACAAGAAAGAGGUGGUCAGGAUUAUGUCCCUUUCCAAAGUAGAGACCUUUAUAAUUGGAUUGGUGAUAAGGCAAAAUCGACUGAAACAGAAACCGACUCUGAGGGAGCAUUAGGAUAUUUGGAAUGUCUUGCAAGAAAGGAUGACCAAUUCUAUGGAAUCUACAGCAUAGACGACCAGACAAGGCUAGCAAAUCUUUUUUGGUGUGAUGGAAUUUCAAGGCGAGAUUACCAAACUUUCGGAGAUGUUUUGGCUUUUGACACGACUUACAAGACAAAUGCUUACAAGAAGCCAUUAUUGAUCCUUGUUGGUGUGAACCACCACUUUCGAACAACGGUCUUUGGACUUGCUUUACUAUGUGACGAGAGUGCCUCAACAUUUAUAUGGGUUCUACAGUGCUUCCUUGAUGCGAUGUAUAACAAACCACCUUCAGUAGUUAUCACGGAUGGUGACAAGGCAAUGCGAGAAGCCAUUAAUGUUGUAAUGCCAAAUGCGGUACACCGGUUGUGUGCUUGGCUUAUAUCAACCAAUGCCUCAAAAGCAGUCCCAAAUCCCUCUUUCAAAACAGCCAUGAAUCACCUCUUGUAUCAUUACUAUUUUCAGGAAGAAGAGUGGGAACAGGAGUGGAAAUCAGUUAUGGAGAAAUUCAUUCGCAAACAAAUGGUUGGUGUCAAAGCUCGAUGA